AUGGACUCUUCAAGUUCACGAUUGGAUAAUGAGGGUGAAUUUGACGAUGAUCUAACCCAUCAAGAUGACCGUCAAAAUGAUAUGGGUGAAAAAUUUGAGAAGUCGAAGGAUUUAAUGACAUUUAUUUCAGAUGAAGAGUUGAAUGAUGAGGAAGAAAAUGUGGUACUACCUGUGGUGUUAAAGGAUGAUGAGAAAGUUGAAGAGCCGAAAGAAUCAAUGACAUUUAGUUCAUUAGAUGAAGUCUGCUCUUAUUAUAGGAAGUAUGCUAAGCAAGCUGGGUUUGGUAUAGCGCAGAGAAGCUCGAGAAAAAAGAAGGGUAGAAAAGGUUACGUAAUGCUUAUAUGUACUCGUGGAGGUGCAGAGCGACCUAAAACAAGUGAUUGUUCGAAGCCAAUUCCAAUUUCAAAUAAAACAUGGUGUGGUGCUAGGAUUUGUGCAAAUUUAUGUGAUGAUGGAACGUGGUUUUUGAGUAAAGUUGAGUUGAUGCAUAAUCAUUCGUUAAGCCCGGGCAAGGCGAGAUUUUUUAGAAGCAAUAAGAAAAUUAGUGAUGCUGCGAAAAGAAGACUUGAGCUAAAUGACAGAGCAGGAAUACGUUUGUGUAAAAAUUUCAAUUCAUUAGUUGUUGAAAGUGGGGCGUUUGAGAAUCUUUCCUUUGGAGAGAGAGAUUGUCAGAAUUAUAUUAACAAGGCAAGAGAACUCAAUCUUGGUAAAGGUGGUGCUCAAGCACUUUGUGAUUACUUCAAAAGAAUGCAAAAGCAGAAUAGUGGCUUCUACUACUUAAUAGAUGUGGACGAUGAUUGUAGGUUAAGAAAUGUUUUUUGGGCUGAUGCACGGAGUAGGGCAGCGUAUGAUUUCUUUGGAGAUGUUAUUACGUUUGACACAACGUAUUUGACCAAUAAAUAUGACAUGCCAUUUGCUCCUUUUGUAGGAGUGAAUCAUCAUGGUCAAUCUAUACUUUUUGGGGCAGGACUAAUUUCAAGAGAGGAUACAGACACAUUUGUGUGGUUGUUUAAAUGUUGGUUGGAGUGCAUGAAUGGCCAAGCCCCUAAAGCAAUUAUGACAGACCAGGAUAGAGCUAUGAAAAAUGGAAUCGCUAUUGGUGCCAUUAAUAAAUGUUUGUAUGACUCUCAAACAUGUGAAGAAUAUGGGGAAAAUUGGAAAGAUCUUCUGGAGAAGUAUAAUCUUCAUGAUAAUGCAUGGUUGAAUGGGUUAUAUAUGGAUAAGACAUUUUGGGUGCCGGCAUACAUGAAAGAUACGUUUUGGGCGGGAAUGAGUACUACACAGCGAAGUGAAAGUAUGAAUGCAUUUUUUGAUGGUUGCGUGCACUCACGAACCACAUUGAAAGAAUUUGUUGAUGAAUAUGAUAACACUUUAAGGAGAAUGGUCGAGAGUGAGGCACGUGCUGAUUUCGAUUCUUUCAAUCGCACAAUCCCAUGUAUAAGUGCCUUGCAAUUAGAGAAACAGUUUCAAGUUGUUUAUACAAAUGCGAAGUUCAAAGAAGUACAUGAGCAGUUUGUGAAAAUGAUGUCUUGUAAUAACGCUCUUCUCAAAAGUGAAGGUGCGAUUUCUACCUUCGAAGUUGUUGAAUAUGUUGCAGUUGGAGAUCACUUAAUAGAAAAGACAUUUCUUGUUUACUUCAAUGAAAAUGAACUCGAAGUGAAGUGCACAUGUGCAUUGUUUGAAGUAAAAGGCAUCCUAUGUAGGCAUUCACUUUCCGUGUUACAGACAAAGAAAGUGACAACUCUGCCACAAAGAUAUGUUCUUGACAGAUGGAGGAAAGAUAUUAAGCGAGAGUACUCGAAGGUUAAGAGUAGUUAUGAUGCCAUUAGUGAUAAUCCACAUGCCCAAAUACAUGACAAAGUGAGAAACAAUUUGGAAGAAUUACUGUCGCUCACGUCAGUAAACACGGAGAAACGUUGCAUGGAACUAAUGGAAAAAAUUGAUCAAUUAAAAGAGUCGUGGCGUUGCGAAAAUCAAUCUUUUGGCAUUCCAGCUACUGUCGCAUCUUCUAGCUGCAAAAAUGUGCUUAGUCCUGUGAAGAUUGACUGUAAAGGGAGACCACGAACAAAGAGAAAGGUGUCUGUUAUAGAAACAGUGGUGAAGAAAUCCAAAGCAUCGAGCAAUCCACCAAGAAACAACAAUGAUAAAACGAAGAAACGAAAAAAUCAAGCCUCCAAAUCAACGGAAAAUCAAGACAACACUAGUCAAUCUCCAUUGCCUUCUGUGCCUUCUGCAGCUCACGAUCAUAGUACUCAGGAUUCCGUCGCUUCGUCAUCGACAGUUGCUCACACGUUCAGUGGUCACUAUCAUUCUAUUCUUUCUCAGGUGAAUUUGUCAAUGGACCCCAUAUAUUUGUUAUCUACAUUGAUAAGCCAACACAAAUACCAAGAGGCUUUCAGUACAGCCUUACAAAUGCGUGAUGUGUCAAUUGUGAAUUGGCUAUGCUCCCAGGUUGAUAUACGGUGGGUCUUGACUAUGGAUCCUCUGCCUUUGAGUCAAGAAGUAUUACUCCAGUUGUUCUGGCUUUUACCCUAUUGUUUCAAUACCAACCCAACCGAAAUAAUUGCUUGGAUGACAGACGUUUUUAAUUCCAUAAUUCCAACUGAUCCGGCAAUUGAAAUGCAUGUGCGCAACAUCUUCAAUCAAGUCUAUGCCGCACUUAAUCAUAUAAGUGUCCUGCCUACAAUUACUGAUGCUAUGCGGUUGCUCAAAGGCCGCAGUAUUCCUGGUAAAAUAUUGCUGACUAGAAGAUUAGAUCCACUAGAUAAAUCAAGUUCACAAGAAUGGUCUCCCGAGUAUAUAAGGAGCUUUUCAGAAAAUGAGGCUGGUUCUAGUGAUCGCAUGGCCAAGGCAGUAGAGGUAUAG